AAAGCAUUGUCCAUUAACCUAGUUGUGUUAUUUUAUUAUUAUUCGAAAAUAUUUUAACUGAAAUGUAAGGCUUGUGACAAAGGGACUUAAACAGAUGUUGUAAAUAAUUAACUUUUCAGCAGAAGUAUUGCGUACUUAAUGAGGAGUCCCCAGGGCUUCAGAAUUGUUCGAAUCUUUAUUAAGCACACCGUUGAAGAUGAGGUCGAAAGUCUUGGCUUUUAUUAUCAUAUUAAUCAUCUCAGGAGAACUCUACGCAGAAGAGAAACCCUGUGGUCUUCCUACUGUGGAAAACGGAAGACUUGCCCCAUAUUACUACACUUUUGAAAGCUUUUACUUUCCAAUGAGCAUAGACCAAAAAUUGUCAUUUUCCUGUUUGGCUGGUUAUGCAACUGAGACUGGGAAAAAAGAGGACAAAACCACGUGCACAACAGAAGGCUGGAAUCCGAGACCAAGAUGCUUCAAAAAAUGUACUAAGCCUGACCUGAUGAAUGGUUUCAUCUCUGAUGCCAAAUUAUUAUACAAAUUUCAAGAGAACAUGCGUUACAGUUGUGCUUCAGGAUACAAAACCACUGGAGGACAGGAUGAAGAGGUGGUUCAGUGUCUCGCUGACGGAUGGUCUUCUCAACCAGCCUGCAGGAAGGAGCAUGAGACAUGUUUGGCUCCAGAAUUGCAUCAUGGAAAUUAUUCCACAACACAGAGAACGUUCCGAGUGAAGGGCAAAGUGAGGUACGAAUGUGCCCCUGGCUACUACACAGCUGGAGGAAAGAAGACGGAGGAGGUAGAAUGUCACACCUAUGGAUGGUCUGUCACACCAAAAUGCACCAAAUUAAAAUGCUCUUCUUUAAGAUUAAUAGAAAAUGGGUAUUUCCAUCCUAUAAAGCAAACCUAUGAAGAAGGAGAUGUAGUUCAGUUUUUUUGUCAUGAAAAUUAUUAUCUAAGUGGGGCUGAUUUAAUCCAGUGCUACAACUUUGGCUGGUACCCAGAAUCUCCUGUAUGUGAAGGAAGAAGAAAUCGAUGUCCUCCUCCACCUCUGCCUCUAAACUCCAAACUUCAAACAUACUCAACAACCUAUCGUCAUGGAGAAACAGUUCGUAUAGAAUGUGAACUGAAUUUUGAGAUACAGGGAUCAGAAGAAAUACGUUGUGAUAAUGGAAAAUGGACGGACCCUCCAAAGUGCACUGAGGAAAAGGAGAAGACAGCUUGUGAGGAGCCACCCCACAUUGAGCACAGCGCAGCAAAUCUCUAUGCUAAGGUUUAUUACAAUGGCGAUAAAGUGGCAUUUGCAUGUCAAAGUGGCUAUCAUCUGCGUGGGUCAAAAGAAAUCACCUGUUUGCGUGGGAAGUGGACUGUUCCCCCCGAGUGUGUUGAAAAUAAUGAGAACUGUAAGCCUCCACCCGAUGUAACAAACGGGGCUGUUGUUGGUGGAUUGUUGGCAAGCUACACGACCGGGUCCUCCGUGGAGUAUCGGUGUAAUGAAUAUUACAUACUGAAGGGAGCGAAAAGGUCUCGUUGUCAGCAAGGACAGUGGUCAUCCCCACCUGUUUGCUUAGAGCCAUGUACUGUUAACAUGGACUACAUGAACAGAAACAACAUAGAGAUGAAGUGGAAGCUUGAAGGAAAGGUCUUACAUGGAGAUUUAAUAGAUUUUGCAUGUAAACAGGGCUUUGAUCUAGCUCCAUCCACGCCAGUGUCUGCAUUAUCUGUGCAGUGCGAUAGAGGAGAAGUGAAAUAUCCUGUGUGUUUGAGAAAAGAAUCUAAAGGCAUGUGUGCAUCUCCUCCACUUAUUAAAAAUGGAGUCAUUACUAGUUCAGUAAGAGGCAGCUAUGAAAAUGGUUCCUCAGUAGAAUACAGGUGCUUCGAUCACCAUUUCCUACAAGGGCCUAGAGUUUCCCACUGUUCACAAGGAGUGUGGACCACACCACCAUUGUGUUUAGAGCCUUGCACAUUAUCUUCUGUUGAAAUGGAAAAUAAUAAUUUACUGUUGAAAUGGGAUUUUGACAACAGACCAUAUAUUUUCCAUGGCGAAUAUAUUGAAUUUCUUUGUAGGAGAGAUACUUAUGUGGCUCAGUUAUCUACUAUUGGAUCUGAACUUAGAGUGCGAUGUGACAGAGGGCAGUUAAAAUAUCCAAGAUGUAUUCAAAGACAAAGGAUGCUGUUUUAUCAAGAACCCGUGAGGACAUAAAAUGAAUGGCAGAAAGAAGAUUCAUAUUUCAACAGAUAAAAUCCUUUAUGAAACGUAAUUUUUAGAAGAAAAAUGUUGAAUUAAAAACUUACAAAUUUUCACUUGCUUGACGAUUUGAACUUAAAUUGCUUAUAAUGAAUAUUUUCUGUAUCUGUAAAUAAAAGCCAGAAUACAUCCAUUCAUUUUUAGUUUGGAUGAUUUCACAUGAUUUCACAUGUAACCUAUCUGUAAAUAAAAGCCAGAACAUAUCCUUUCA